AAAUGCACUAGCAAACAACAAAAAAAAGCGACAAACCGAAAAAACAAAAAAAGACGAACAAAAAGAAGAAACACUAGUAGAAGACGACAAACUAAAAAUGACGAAAAAAGCCAUUAAACAAAGAAAAGAGGAUCAACGAAUAUGA